GGGGCGUCCCCGGAGCGGGGCAGAGACCAGGCCGGGCAGCCCUGGGGCCGGUCGGGGCGGCGUCGCGGCACCCUCCGCCAGGCCCCGCGGGAUGCACCGUGGGAGCCGAGGGCGGAGGCGACACUCUCAGGUAAAUUGGCAGAAUGAGGAGCAACAAAUCAAAAGAGGUGCCUUUACCAAAUCCAAGAGACUCUCAAAGCAAGGAUACUGUUCAAGCAGGUACAACUACAUCAUGGGAUGCGCUUUCUCAGUCCAAGGCUGCUCUGAGACAUAUUGAAAACAAAUUGGAAGUAGCCCCUGCAAGUACAGCUGUGGUUGAUUUGGUCAUGGAUGCCAAGAAGUCUUCUGCAAGUGCUACCCGAAAAAUAAGUAGAAAAGAUGUUAGAUAUCUAGAUGAUUCUUGGGUUAAUGCUCCAACUGUCACAUCCUUGAAAUCACGGAAAGAGAAAUCUCGUAGUCCUCUCAGAACCACCACCCUGGAGAGUAAUGUGAAGAAAAGUAAUCGUGUAGAGUUUCGUGAACCUUUGGCUUCUUAUAGGGAAAUCCUUGGAGCACCUUCCAAUUUAAGUCCCAGCUAUCUGGAUUCAAAACGUGUGUAUUGUUUAGAUGUUAAUGAAGAAAAGGCUGAGAGUGGGAACCGGACAAUAAACAAUCGAGAAGAACAAAAUAUACAUUGCUGUGAUUUUGAGAGCUCGCAAUCCUUUGCCAUUAAUGAUACAGUUGUAAGGUUUUUAAAUGAUCGAUCAGCAAUUGAUGCAUUGCACAAUUCCGAAUGUUUGAUUAAGGUGGGUGCUCCUGUGAGAACUGAGGAAGACAUGCCUAAUAGAGCAAAAGGAAAUGAGAACAGUUUGAAGCCUUCUGUGACUGACACGGGCCAUGACAUGGAUCCAAAAGUGUUAAGGUCAACUGACUCUUCUCCAUCUUCUGCAAGUACUUGCAGUUCCCAAAGAUUAGACAUUUUAAAGAGGCGACAACAUGAUGUCAAACUGGAAAGACUCAAGGAGCGGAUUAGGAAACAAUGGGAACAUUCAGAAGAAAUGAAUGGCCGGGGCCAGAAUCUGGGUCAUAUUGACCAUCCAGUAAUGGUUGUUAAUGUUGAUAACUCAGUGACAGCGAAAGUCAGGAAAGUGGCGACAGCACCACCUGCUCCCACGUACAGAGGUUUCAACCCUUCAGAGACCAGAAUUCGAACACCUGAUGGAAGAGUGUGGCAGGAGGCUGAGUUCCAGAACAUGAGUAGAGAACUGUAUCGAGACUUAGCACUUCAGUUGGCAGAUGAUAUCUCUGUAAAAGAGAAACCUGCAGAAAAAAUUAAGGAGAAGAAAGUCAUCAAGCCAGUACGAAAAAUCCAAAAGGGAACACAGUUAUCAAGUCCUGAAUGCAAAACAGGUAGUAGUCGUCUGAUAAGUACAUCUUCUUGGCGAGAUGGACAAAAAUUAGUAAAGAAGAUUCUGGGACCUGCACCUAAAAUGGAGCAUCAAGAGCGAAGAACAGCAUCAAGUGACAGAAAUGGAAGAGAAAGAAGUACUAAAGUUGGGGGUCAUAUUGGAAAAGCGGAAUCCGAUUCCAAGUUGGAUAUUUCACACAGACAUCUUCCCCGAAGCUCAGAGCGUUCAAGAAGUAGAACUCGGUCUGAAACUAACAUCAAGAAGGCAGCUCCAUCUCUCCCAGAUAACAAACAGGAGGAAAAUACUGCCUUAAAUAAGGAGUUUUUACCUGUUGAAAUUCGUGGCAUUCUUGAUGACCUACAGUUGGAUUCCACAGCUCAAACUGCAAGGUUGGAAAAUGGGGAGUUACAAAAUCAGAAGUCGGUAGCGCCAGUCCAGGUUCCUAGAAGUCAUAGCCCAGUGAAAAGAAAACCCGAAAAAGUAGCAGCUAGUGAAGAUCCCCCUGUUAUCUCUAAAAAGCGCCACUAUGACACAGAUGAGGUCCGGCAGUACAUUGUCAGGCAGCAGGAGGAGAGGAAGCGGAAGCAGAAUGAAGAGAAGAAGGCUCAGAAGGAGGCCACAGAACAGAAGAACAAGCGGUUGCAGGAGCUCUAUCGGAAGCAGAAAGAAGCCUUUACAAAAGCAAAAAACGUGCCUCUUCCGGAGCCAUCCACCAGCAGGCGACUACAGGAAACUUACUCCAAAUUGUUGCUGGAAAAGACUUUGCUUGAGGAAACGUCCCAGCAGCAUGGUACACAGGAAACACAGGCCAAACCAGGGUAUCAGCCUUCUGGAGAAUCUGACAAGGAGAACAAAGUACAGGAACGUCCUCCGAGCGCAUCUUCCAGCAGUGACAUGUCUCUGUCAGAACCUCCACAGCCUCUUGCAAGAAGGGACCUGAUGGAGCCUACAUGGAUGCAGCCUGACAGGCUGAGCCCACGAGGUCCUUCUCAGCCACAGCCGCUUGUUGGAACAGCCGGAAAUCUACUGUCUCACCUUUUGAAUCUAGAACAUGUGGGAAUUUUGCAUAAGGAUUUUGACUCUAUUUUACCAACUAGGAAGAAUCAUAAUACGGUUUCAGGGCCAUUAACUUUUACACCUCAACCGUAUCUGACCUCACCAGCUGCUCAUUCAGAUGCCUUGUUAAAACCUAGUGCCAGCCACUAUAAGAGUAAACUGGAUCGAAUUGAAGCCUUGAAAGCUACAGCUGCUUCCUUGUCUAGCAGGAUUGAAAGUGAAGCCAAGAAACUAGCUGGAGCUCACAUUAAUUAUGGGUCAGUGUGGGACGCCGAGUGUGACGUGCAGGAUGCUCCCCAAGAAAAUGGAAUGUGGAACAAGGCUCUAAGUCCACCUGUGAAAGAGGAUGCUGAAGAUGUUUUCUCUGCAAGGAUUCAAAAGAUGCUGGGAACCUGUGUCUCUCAUGCAACUUUUGAUGAUGAUCUUCCUGGGGUCGGCAACCUUAGUGAGUUUAAAAAGCUUCCUGAGAUGAUAAGACCUCAAAGUGCUAUAUCAAGCUUGAGAAUGAGAUCCCCUGGUCCCAGGCCGGGGAGGCUCCUGGCACAGCUAUGUAAGCGGCACGCUGACUCUCCCAGCUCUGAUGUGCAGCCCUGCUCUCAGGACAAAGCCAAAGUGUCUCUUGGUUCCAGCCUGGAUUCAGUCAGCGAAGGGCCUCUUCUCAGCGAGGGCAGUCUCUCUGAAGAAGAGGGAGGCCAUGACAGACCACCCCCUUUGAAGGUUUCGGAAAUCUUGAAAGAAAAGGAAUUUUGUGCUGGAGAAAGAAAUACUUACGAACCUAUCAAAGAGUUUCAGAAGGAAGCUGAAAAAUUCCUGCCACUUCUAGGACACAUAGGAGGUACACAAAGCAAAGGACCAUGGGAAGAAUUGGCAAAGGGAAGUCCACAUAGCGUUAUCAAUAUCUUUACAAGAUCAUAUCAGCUAUAUGGAAAAGGAUUUGAAGACAGGUUGGAUGGAGGACCAUCAGCAUCACGGCCUCUUAGCAAUAUCUCCUAUGAAGAUGAUUUUGCCUCCUCUCCAGGCAGCGGGACUUUGACCGAAAGGAAAUCAACUCUUGAGCCUAAUGUUGGUGGUAGCAGUUUAAGCCUCCAGGAGGACCCUGCUGGCCGGAAGUCAGCAUAUGAGCUUUCCUGUGGUGAUGUGACGUCUCAGCAGUCCUCAGGAGCCCAGUCGGCAGCUUCUUCGCAUUCCUCCACUUCAUCUAAAGGAAAGAGAGGGAAAAAGGAAAGAAUAGACUGGUUGAAUUCAUUUAAGAACUCACUUCUUGAUGAAGAAAAAGCACAGUCUGGCUCAGAACGUGGCUCUCAGCAAGUGAAAAAAUCUGGGACCAGUAGUAAACUUUCUGUUAAAGAUUACGAGCAGACUCUUGACACUGAAAGCACUUUGGAGGAACUUUCUGGGCCUUCUCUGAGUGUCUCAUCAGACAAGGGAAGGUCUCCGAGGACUCCGACAUCUCCCCUUUCUCCAAGUUCCCAGAAACUGUCUGACCUUCCCGGCACUUCCCUGGACAGAUCCAAGUCCUCAGUAGUGAUGCCUGCGAGCACAGGAGGCCUUCAGCCCACGGCAGCCUUCACCGACGUGAACCUGACCUCCAGCAGGUCGGUCGGCGAGACAGCUUCACCACCAGGUGCUAAGCGCUUUUCCCCUGCCGGCCUCCAGCACCGGAUGACUGCAGAGCUCAGCUACCUGAGUGCCCUCGAGGAGUCUGUGCGUCAGCUCUCAGACGUGGAGCGUGUGAGAGGCAUCUCGCUUGCUCAGCAGGAGAGUGUGUCUCUGGCUCAGGUCAUAAAGGCACAGCAGCAACGCCAUGAAAGAGAUUUGGCCCUUCUGAAACUGAAGGCUGAGCAAGAGGCCCUGGAGUGUCAGAGACAAUUAGAAGAAACCCGAAACAAAGCAGCUCAGGUCCAUGCAGAAUCAUUACAGCAGGUGGUCAAAUCUCAGCAUGAAGUAACGGAAGUCCUACAGGAAGCAACACGUACGAUAGCAGCCCAGCAAACAGAAACUGCUCGCCUCACCACAGAUGCAGCACGCCAAAUCUGUGAGAUGGCAGAACUGACUCGAACCCAUAUCUCAGAUGCCAUCACUGGUUCAGGAGUUCCCCUAACAACAUUGUACGACCACCAACGGCAGCACCUUCCAGAAUUCAUGAAACAUCUGAGGACCAGAGCUGAAACAGAUAGGGUGAGUCAGUCUGUUUCACUCUCCCAGAGUAAAGAAGGCACCGUUGACUCAAAGCAACACAAGUAUUACUCUUCAUAUGAUAGUUAUUCUGACUCGUCAAGAUACAAGAGGCAUGAGCGAAGAAGCAGUAGUGGUAGCAGCCGUCAAGAGAGUCCAUCCUGUAAGGAACAUGAGAAGAAACUUCCUGGUGAGCAGAGGGAGAAUUCAGUUGAAGAACAGGUGCAGACUGCCGCGGAUGACUCCCUGAGAAGUGACAGCGUUCCCUCUCUGCCUGAUGAGAAAGAUUCAACUUCAAUUGCAACAGAGUAUUCCUUUAAAUUUGAUGAAUCCAUGACGGAAGAUGAAAUAGAAGAGAAAUCGUUUCGGUCCUUACUGCCUUCUGAGAGUCACCGCAGAUUCAACAUGGAGAAGAAGAGAGGCCACCAGGAGGACUCCGAUGAAGAAGCUUCCCCAGAGAAGACCUCGCUGUCUUCUGCCAAGGAGCUGAGCAUGCCAUUCUCCGGAGGGCAGGACAGCUUUUCCAGGUUUACCAUGGAGAUGGUCCGGCAGUACAUGAAGGAAGAGGAAAUGAGGGCAGCCCACCAGUCCUCACUGCUGCGGCUCCGUGAGAAGGCCCUGAAGGAGAAGACUAAGGCCGAGCUAGCCUGGCUGGAGCAUCAGAAAAAACAUCUGCGAGACAAAGGAGAGGAUGAUAAAAUGCCCCCACUCCGGAAGAAGCAGCGCGGGCUACUUCUGCGACUGCAGCAAGAGAAGGCAGAAAUAAAACGCCUUCAGGAAGCCAACAAGGCAGCUCGGAAGGAGCGGCAGCUGAUUCUUAAGCAGCAGGAGGAGAUAGAGAGGAUCCGACAGACGACCAUGAAGCUGCAGGAGAGGCUAAAAUCUGCAGGCGAAAACAAACUGGACUCCCGUAGUGAGUGUGAUAUGCAGGAUAAUAAAGCAGCUAGUCCUGGUCCAGCCGACGUGGAGACCCGCAGUCCUUCUCCCAUCUCCAUCUCCAGCAGUGAAACUAGCAGCAUUAUGCAGAAACUGAAGAAAAUGAGAAGCCGUAUGGAUGAAAAGUUUCUGACAAAGCGAGAGCAAAAACUCAUGCAGCGGCGACAGCAUGCAGAGGAACUCCUAGAGUGGAAGCGACGCUUAGAUGCAGAAGAAGCAGAAAUUCGUCAAAUGGAAAAACAAGCUUUGGCUGCUUGGGACAAAGAAUUAAUAAAACCCAAAACUCCUAAGAAAGAGCUGGAGGGCCAGCGAUCAGAACAGAAAGCAUCAGUGAGUGAAGAAGAAUCUCCAGGACCUUCUUACUCUCAUCAACACAGUGAAAGUUCUAUUCCGGAAGAACUAGGCAGCCUUGCUGUUGGCUUUGCGCCGUCCGAGUCUGCGGUGCAGGAGCAGCCGGGGAGUCCAGAUCGUAGCAUACUCACCGAAGAAAUGGUUUUUUCACAGGAACUAGAAUCUUCUACCUCUCCUAGUAAACAGUCACCUCCCAAAAGCUGCUCCUCCGUGUCCAAGCAGGAUUCCAGCAAAGGCAGCCCUAGGACUGGAGGACAGUCUCGUGUGCCUGCCAGGUCCCCGCAGCACUGUGCCAGCUGGUCGGAUGAGUCCUUGUCCAUGACACAGUCAGAAACUACCUCUGACCAGAGUGACAUCGAAGGUCGGAUCAGAGCUCUGAAAGAUGAGCUGCGCAAGAGGAAAUCGGUUGUGGACCAGCUGAAGAAGGAGCAGAGGAAAAGACAGAAGGAGAGACUGAAAGCCCAGGAGGCCAGUCUGAUCAAGCAGCUCGAGUCGUAUGAUGAGUUUAUUAAGAAAACUGAAGCUGAGCUUAGCCGAGAUUUGGAAACCUCCCCGACAGCCAAGCCUCAGAUUAAAACGCUGUCUUCAGCUUCUGAGAAGCCGCGGAUCAAGCCCCUGUCGCUGCACAGGUCUGAAACAACAAAGAGUUGGAAGUCACUUACAGAAUCGGAACGUUCCCGAGGGUCCCUGGAGUCUAUUGCUGAACAUACUGAUAAUUUGUUGUCAAGUUCUCAGAGAUCAGUGUCGGAAAAGUCUGUGUCUGCCUACGCGAAGAGAGUGAAUGAGUUGAACAGUCGGACAGAAGAGCGUUUGCAGACCCCACCUCCAGUUCUCAGGUUAUCCAGGACAGCUGGAGCAGAAGCUGGGGAUUCUUUGGAAAACACACCUUCAUUGCCUCUUCUUCAAGAAUUGAGUACCCCUAAGAGAGUUCUUGAUGUGUCAGAUGCCAAGAUUAAAGAACCUGAUCAACAACCAGAAAUACAAAAAGUAGGAUGUGCAAAAUUGGAGGAGACCAAGGUUAAGGAAGGUUGUUCUAAACGGUCAGAGAAAUCUGAUGUCUUACUGCAGCUAGACCUGGAACAGGGAGACUCAUCUGAAAUUCUUUCGAGUAAAGCUAUUCCUUUAGAUCCCAUAGAUGUUCAGAAAGAUUUAGUUAGACUAGUCAUUGAAAAUCUUCAUACAAGGGAGCAGAUAUUGAGAGAAUCAGAUCAAGAUGUGGACCCCAGUGCAGCCAGCCCAUCAGAAGACACUUAUGGACAGAAGAACAAGGAGAGGGGCUCAGCUUUGUCAGAACAUAUUUUUACUCCUAAAGAAGUAUCAUACUCUGAAGAAAUUGAAGCAUCUCCCCUCAAAAAGGAAAUUUCGGCUGAGUUGUAUAAGGAUGACUUUGAGGUGUCCUCUUGGUUGUCACUCAGAAAAGACUCUGAGGUUUGCAGAGAAAAGUCACAGUCGGCAAGGAGCUCCAGGGGUAGAAGCAGCAGCUUCGGCAGUGAGGACGAAAUCAGCGAGUGCCUGAGUGAGAAAGGCCUUUCCACGCAUAGCUCCGUCCCCUCGGAGAGGCUGCUGGAUCUCAAGUCCCCCACCGAGCUGUUGAAGGAUGCGGAGCGCAGCGAUGUGGAGCAGGAGGGAGCUCCUCCGGCCCCUGCCUUGGCUUCAGCUUCCGCUGCAGGGGAAUUACUUGACUUCCACAUUGGUGACCGGGUGUUGAUUGGCAAUGUUCAGCCAGGGACUCUGCGAUUCAAAGGGGAGACUAACUUUGCUAAAGGAUUUUGGGCCGGAGUUGAGUUGGAUAAACCUGAAGGAAAUAACAAUGGAACCUAUGAUGGCAUCACCUAUUUUAUAUGCAAAGAGAAGUAUGGUAUUUUUGCUCCUCCUCAAAAAAUAUCUCACAUUCCUGAAAACUUUGAUGACUACGUGGACAUAAAUGAAGAGGACUGUUACUCAGAUGAGCAGUAUCAGUACUAUACUCAAGAGCAAAAAGAUACAGAGGCUCAGCAAGAUAGAGAAAAAGAUGUCACUGAAUGUUUUUAUGAGAAAUCUCUACCCAGCGUGCCUGAUACAGAAGCCUCAGUGAAUAGAGAGCAAAGCCUCAGGAUAGAUGUGGCGAGUACACAGGCCAUUUCCAGGGGGCCUGAGGCCCGUGUGCAGCAGCAGGCUUCGGUGGAUUCACUGACUCCUUCAGGGGAAGCCAGGGACCUUGUUUCUGGUGUCGUAGAACAGGCUGCCAUUGAUGCCGAGCAUGAUGCUUUAGACAACACCUUCUCCGAGGAAUUGAAAAAGCAGCAGCAGUGUCUAAAAAAGGAGGAAGACCUGUGCUCUGAAAUCUCAGAGAAUCUUGCCACCCCACUGCUGGACCUCUUAGCAAAAGAAAAACAUCAGCUGGAAGCCCAACUGAGGUCAUCACAGGAUGAGGGAAAGAAGUCCAAACAGCUGGAGACAGUCAGUUCUCUGACGGACAGUUUACUCACAGUGUUCGUGAAGGACACGGUCAGUCAACUACAACAAGUCAAAAAAGCGAAGAAUGAGAAAAUCCAGCUUAGUAACCAGGAGCUUCUUGACGGUGACCGAAAGGACGGAGCACCCCACCACCUGACCCAGAAGCUUGGGGGGCUGCCGGCAGGUGUUUCAGGCUCUUUUGUAGGGUCUGAGUUGGAAGAUGACAAAGAAGAGAUUUCCUCUCCAGAUAUGUGUCCCCGACCGGAGAGCCCAGUGUUCGGUGCCAGUGGGCAGGAGGAGCUCGCGAAAAGACUUGCCGAACUUGAGAUCAGUCGGGAGUUCCUCAGCACUUUAGGAGAUGACCAAGACUGGUUUGAUGAAGACUUCGGUUUGAGUUCUUCCCACAAGAUUCAAAAAAAUAAAGCAGAAGAAACGAUUGUGCCUCUGAUGGCAGAACCUAAAGGAGUACCCCAGAAGCCGUGUGAGCCGAUACUGGCAGUCCCACAUACUGUGGAGGAAGUAGAAAUUCUUGUGCGUGACGCAGCGGAAGAACUGUGGAACUGGAAAGAGCUAGGCCGCGACCUUCACAGCAUCAGUGUUCCGUCAAAGCUGCUGGGCUGUACCGGCACGGGUCUGGAUCUGGAAAGCUCUAGUAAAAGGGUCUACAAACAGGCGGUUUUUGAUUUAACAAAAGAAAUCUUUGAGGAGAUCUUUGCUGAGGAUCCCAACCUGAAUCAGCCUAUCUGGAUGAAGCCAUGUAGAAUCAACUCGAGCUACUUCCGACGAGUAAAAAAUCCGAACAGCCUUGAUGAAAUUAAGAAUUUCAUCACAACCGAAGUACUGAAGCUGUUCAGUCUUAAAAAGGAGCCAAACCACAAGACAGAUUGGCAGAAAAUGAUGAAAUUUGGAAGAAAGAAAAGAGAUCGAGUGGAUCAUAUCUUGGUGCAGGAGCUCCACGAGGAAGAGGCGCAGUGGGUGAACUAUGACGAGGAUGAGUUGUGUGUGAAGAUGCAGCUGGCCGAUGGGAUCUUUGAGACCUUGAUCAAAGAUACCAUUGAUGUGCUGAACCGUAUCAGUGAGAAACAGGGGAGAAUGCUACUUGUGUGACAUCUUGCAAAUAAAUCCAACACUGAGUGCUAACCCGAGUCCUGGGCCUUUCUGCCCCCUGGUAGAUACCCCAACUCCAUCAUAGCAAGAGUGCUUCUGGACCUUGACCUGUUCUUAAAGACUAUUUGUUUGGAGUUCAUGGGACAAUGUGGCGUUUCUGGUAUUACGGCGUUGGCCUUUAGAGACUGUCCACUGCCCUCAUUGGUUCUUUGUGGUGAGCUGAGUUGCACUGCUGGUGUUGCGACGCAGUAUCAUCCCGCACCUCGGUCUCAGAGAGGGCUGAUGACAACAGACAGCUCUGUGCUGAGCCUAGAGGAGCGCUCGAGUCUCAGGUCAGGCAAGACGGAGAGAUCUGUCUGUCUGCUUUGAAGUAGUGUCCUGGUCUCUACCACAAAAGUGAUAUGUGGACAAAAUAGUUUUUAAGCAGUAUUAAACCCUUAAUCACGUCUAAGAUAGGCAAGUUUAAUCAUGUGUGCCUAUUUGACAUUCUGGAGUUGAUUUCAUUUCUUUUUUGAAGAUCGUUUUCUCCCAUUAUUACAGUUAACACCACCAAGUGGACUGUCAAGCUAACAGAAAUAUGUGGUAGCCUUGCUUUCUGAGCACCAUCUAAAGAAUGUCCCAGCCCUUGCGUCGUGUUUAGUUCUCUCUCUGGGCAUGAAAGCAAAGCAGUGCCCCCUCACCCGACGACUGGGCUGCAGGACCGCUGCAGAGCCGGUCCUUCUGCCCCCGUGGCUUUCCCCUGCACUUUGCUUCCUCGAGCUGACCCUCCACCAGCCGCUCCGGAUUCUCAGGGCCAUCUCAGGCACCCAGGCAUGGCAGAAGUGGAAAUGAUUCCUUUUGGCCUUCAAACCUUCCACUCCCAUCUCUCCCCAAGAAGUCAGAGACGCUGUUACUUGAAUGAUUUAGGAAAUGAGUGUGUGCACCAAAGACAAAAAGAUAUUGUCUGUUGUUUGUGUGUUUGUUUUGCGCUAUGGAACAUUUUUUUCCUAAUUUAUUUUAAGAUAAAUUAUUAAGCCGGAAAUGUGUGUCGCUAUUCCGAAGUGAAAGAUUCUUCUCGUGCUAGUUUAACCUCCGUCUGGAAACUUCGACGGUUAUCUUCUUUGCACAGGAAACCUAUGGUGGUAACAAACCGCACACGCCACGCCAGUCUGAGUCAGUGGAAAGAAGAUGAGCUCUUCCAGGAGCCCCGUGGCAGCGGGGAUGGUAGUGAGUCACACAGACUGUGGGAUCCAGUGCCUCCGGAGGCAUCACUUGUCACAACUGUUACUGUAUCUGCAAAAGAAGAAACUACAGACUCCAGCUGCUACAUUAGAGCACAGAGAUGCUCUCCUAGAACUCAGCGCCCAGCCUUCCUCACUGGUUUCUCUGAACCAGUCCUCUCUCUCUAUGUACUCUAGUCAAAUGUGGAUCAUCUUAGGCGUGAAUGUAAAUGCCUUAAUAAUGGCGGUCCUUACUAGAAGCACGAUACAAGAUGCCCACUGGAUUCAUAUUUGAAAAUAUCUUGGAUUGUUAUAGCUUAAAAAAAGACAUCAGACAAACCCCAAAGAUGGUGUAAUCUUUCAGCGUGCACAUUUGUUCAUUUCUGCAUCUUUCCUCCCAACUCGCCUUUGCGUCUUAAAUGUUUCACUAUGCACACCUCCAUUCCCCUUUGAUUUCAUCUUGUCAUUGUAAGAAACUUGCUGAAAUAAUCAUUGGAAUAUUUGCAUUUUGCACAGUGACUGGUAUGAUAGCUCUUGACAAAUGCGGAAAGCACUGAGGCAUGACUGGGUCUUGGGAGAUGCCCCGAUGAGCGUGGCACCAGCAGUUCUUCUGGGCUUUAGCAUUAAGCUGUAGUCCUGAAGCCAUAAAUAGCAAAUUGACUAAGAAAAGUAAAGGUUUCUUAGGGUUAUUAACCAGUAGUGUGGAAAUAGUGUCUUCAGGCGGCCAGGGAAACGUCAGAGCUUCUCUGUUCAGUGCGGUGUUUGGGGAACGGAAGGCCUCGUCUCCAUGCUCUGGCCGUUUGUACAUCGCAUUGUCUUUAUGAUACUGAAACUUUGCAGCUGCUGUACGUGUGUUAUUAAUGAACAACAUGAUAGGAACCUGGAGUGUUUCUUACAUCUUCAUUAUUUGUACCUAAAGUCAGUUUCUCAUUAUUACAUGAUUCCAGAAAAGGGUUGGGGGGAUGAGAUUAAGCCCAUGGAGUCGGCAGUGUGGACUUGAAGCCCCUGGUAAGAGGUGCUCCCCAGAAGUGACGGCGGCUGUCCUGCCUGCUCCCACCACCUUCUCUGUUUCCAGUUGAGGCUCAGCCGGACAUAACUCUUUGUCAGAGAUGAUUAUCCAUGGUUUAAUAACAAAACAAACAAAAACAACUCUGUGAGGGGCAGAUGUUUUUAUUAUCAUUUUUAACCAUUUGGAUCUCAUUGAAGUGGAUCUAAUACUAGGAUUAGGAGUGAUACUUCCAGGUACCAGCCACUCGUUUCACGGUGGGAUCUUUGUAGUCAAGCCCUGCCUCUUAACCAGGAACCUAACUGUUCCCUCUGUGGUCCUUGUCCCUCCUCCCCGCAGUCUGUCUUCAUCCUUCUCCAAGGUAAAGACCCCCACAUCAGCAGUACUAUCUUUUAGAAUAGCACUAUCAGAAUUUAAUAGGAAACCAACACAGAGACUUCAGAUUCACUUCUGAGUCCGAAACAAUCUGUGCUCCCCAGGGUAGUUAACUCUGGGUUCACUAAGUACAGGGUAUCGACUCCCUCUUCAGGUCUACACAGAAACUUUGACUCUAGGGAAAGUGGGAAGAGCUCAGCCGUAGUCGGGAAGGAAGGGAGCUUGUUUUUCUUUUCCCAAAAAGAAAAGGAAAAUUCCUUCUGUGACUACAGGUCUCAGAGAAAUGAUCUUUCAGAAGAGAUUUCAUCGCUCAUGAGAGUGCCGUGGCCUAUUGGUAAAAACAAUUUUGUUCACUUUCUUGUCUUGAAAAAAUAAAGUGGCCUUAGCUUUUUGCAAUACUUGAACAAAGUGUGUUCUCGCAAAAGACUUUCUGUAGCACAGCAUUAGAACGACUUUUCUGCAAGAAAUUCAAACGUACAGCUUCCUUUUACUACCUUACAAUACUAGUGAAUAAAACAUUAAUUCAAAGAGCAAAUGGUAGAGACUACAAUGACGUUUAAUGCAAAUUGUAGGAAUUUACAUGUUUACAAAUCAUCUUAAACUGGUUGCGCAGCAAUUCAAUAAAAUACCUUUGUAUUAUAAAAAUGUGAAGAAAACAAUUAUAAACAGAUGUAAAGGAGGUACUGUCAUUUUAAUUAACCUAUGUUUGAUAGCUUUUUCCUUCUGGACUUUGCAAAAGCCUUCUUGGUAACACAUUGCAGAGCAUUCUCCGGGAGGCCUGGCCUCCGCGUGUGUACUGUACUGUGCAGACAUUAAACUCAAGCCCGUUUACCGUGUCUGUGUGAACAGCCUGGUCAGCAGGCCGUUGCCAGCCAAUAGUCGCAUCCCGUGCAGCUUUGCACAGCAGACUGAAGGGUGUGCUUGUAAGUGUGAUCUGUAAAAUAACCGGGAUGAAUUCCCAUGUAUACCUGUGUAAAUAGAUUUGUUAACUAAAAUGUACUUUAAGAAAGGGUAAAAAUCUGUAAAUAAACUGAUUUAUAAAUUAA